GUCCAUAGUCAUAAGAUUAUUAAAUCCAGAUUACUAAAAAGCUAUCAUAAAAUAGUAUAUUCCUUUCGUUUAUAAUUUCCUGCCGUUUUUAUGAGUUCUAAAAUAGAAGCAUGUUUUGUAAACAGCUGAUCCCGGUAAACUCAUGUUGAUGUUCAAACUAAUGUGGAAAGGAUCAGCAGUGCUUCUUUUAGUGAGACAUAGAUGAGGGAGCAAUGCCGCUGUUACUGAAGAUUGGGGCUGCAGCUUCACACACGCUGAGAUCUACCACAAGACAAUUGCUUGUGAGAGACUUCUGUGGUCUACCCGUUUUGGAGCUUAGACAGUCAAAAGGCUUAGAUGUUUUGACUGGAAUACAUCGAACCCAAAAAUGGCAAGGACGGUGGUUUUGGACAGAGGCACACACUCGUAAUAGAUCAGUGGCAGAAACUGUAGUGAAAACAGCACAUACAAGCAGCCAACAUUUAUUACACAAUGCAGGACAAGACUUGAGACAAAACUUUUACUGCACAAAAGCAGUAUUGAAUAAAGACAAUGAAGAAACAUCAAAAGUUAUUGGACGGAAUCACAGUGAUGGCAGCAGUGAAGGAAUCACCACAGUGGAAGUAGGGGAAGUGGAUGAAAGUAAAGCAGAAUUCCAGGCACUGGUGGAGCUGGAGGUGGAGCUGUACCGACAAGAGGGCUUCAGUGUCCCAGACAUCAUCACUGAGGACCAGUGGAAGGAACUCCUCACUAAGACCUCGCGGAAGGGGCGCAGAAAAUACCUUGCCUUCUUGUGGAAGAACCAGAUGAAGCGGGAAAGCCAGAAAAAGAAGAAGGAGUUGAUAAGACUCAAGCGUGAAGAAGAAGAGAGGCAGAAAGAGGAGAGGAAGGCAGAGAUAGGGGAAUCAGGGGAGGAAGAUGACGGACACAUUCGCUAUGGUCUAUGGCUCAAUAGUAUCUUCCUCUAUGUGAGGGAUUCCACAAUCAACCAGUUCUACCACUCACGCCUUAUUUCUGCCAUGAUCCAUGGCCAGCCACUUGUUUUGGACCUGGACUUUGAUGCUGUCAUGAGCAGUCGAGAAAGACAAAACUGUGCUUAUCAACUCCAGAUGCUCUUUGGUGAAAAUCGAGUUCAUCCUGACCCAUACAACUUGAUCUUCUGCAAUGCUGGUCCAGAGUCAGACACUGUGCGUCGACUUUCACGAUAUAUUCCCGUCAUAAAUAGGCCAGAGUUCCCCCUGACCAUCACAGGAGAGAGCUAUUUAGACCGAUUUCCUAAGGACAAGCUGGUGUACUUGACUCCACACUGCCGUGAAGAGAUGACCACGUAUGACCAUGAUGCUGUGUACAUUGUGGGGGGUAUAGUAGACACAGGCGAGAAUGAGCCAGUGACUCUAGCCAAGGCCAAGAGGGAAGGCAUACGCAUGCAGAAACUGCCGCUUGACAGGUAUCUGGAGUGGGGUAUUGGAGGCAAGUGUCUGACACUCAAUCAGAUAGUUAACAUCUUGCUGGAUAUUAAGCAUACAGGGGACUGGCAGUAUGCUCUGCGACAUGUUCCUCGCAGAAAAUUGCGGCCUGCUUUAACUCAAGAGGAUAUGGAAGCCAUGUUGCGCAAGAGGAUGGGGUUAGAAAAAGGGAAAAGAAGCCCUAACCGUACAGAUUAUGCACCACAUAUGAGGAAAAUAUCAUUGUGCACCUCUUCUGUCUUGGCAGUGGAAUUUGGUUUUCUUGCAACAGUUACCUCCACCCAAUUACAUCUAAAUUACAUGAAAAACCGAAGAUAUUAGAAAGAAGAAGUCACAACAAGCUUUGAAGACAAGACAUUUAGAGUAUGUUGGCAAAAAGUACAAUGGCAGUGGUAGGCAGUAGUGUCAUAACCUUACCCCAUUUCUGCCACAUAAUAACUGUCCAUUGUUGUUUUCUUUUGUAAAAAGUGUUUGCAGGUAGAUGGCCUCACAAGUGCUCUGACACCAAGGAUCGAAUAUCUAGGCCUGUAUGACCCCACUGGAUUUCUCUUUUCCUUGAAUUUUUCUAAUGCUAUUAAUAAGAAUGUUGUCAUUAUUGUUGUUGAUAUUAUGAUUAUAACAAAAUUAAUAAUGCUAACAGUAAUAAUAGCAAAAAAGAACCUCCAAAAAUCUAGGAAAAGGGUAAAGAGGUGAGAUAGGUAGGACUAGCAAUUGACUCCUUAGUAAUUAAACACUUGUGGAGCUAUCUGUAUGUAAAGAUAGUCAAGAAACAAAAAGACUGGACCAGUGGACAUAUUAAUGUAUUCUUGUCUCGGCAUCAGUAGGUCUAUGUGAUAUAGUAAUUGUUAAUAAAUUAUAUUGACAUCAGCUGAUAUGAAAAAGAUAUCUUUGAUUAUGUGCAAGACAGUUACUACAGUUAUGCCAACUGUUUGUAUUAUUACAGUCAUAACUGUAGUAUACAUGUUGGUUAGAUAUUGUAUGUGUACAUAAUGUAUUUCUCUGUAAUUAUAUUUUGUAAAUUAUGUACAGAGGCUUCUCCAGCUGUCUAAUUGAAAUACAUAUAAUAAAGACAUGAUAAUAAUAUA